AGGUCCGGCCAUGGUUGGCUCCUUUUAUCCCAUACUGGUACUAUGGGGUGGCAGUCACACCUCCGAGUGCAGUUCUGAAUAGGAGGUAGACGCAGACCCGGAGUGCUUACAUGUACAAGUAAGAGCGUAGUAAAACGUCAGCGUAGAUUCGGUCACACAUCAGUGUCAGAAAAGCAGAGGUGAGGAGAGGAACAAGGAACAAGGAACAACACGAAGAAGCGCUUCAUUUAGCCCGUAAAGCCACGGAGUCAGAAAUGGAGAGGCCGAAGCAACGGUAUCAAAAUCAUCUCCAAGCCUCCGAUACCGCCGGCUUUACAGAUGGAGGAUUGGAUCGACUGUGCCCAUCGCGGGGUAGGAUAGGGCUACGAGUACAGUCAAUGAAACGUCGAAGGACCACAUACGCUACGCGCACGGCUGCACCAUGGACCAUAAUACUAGUGACCGUACUUCUGCUGUUCCUAAUCACUGAUUCCUCUUCAUUGCGAGGGGCUGAAGCCAUAGCCAUUCCGGCCCCAGAGAGCACCACGGGUGACGACGACAGCCAAGGUUCGGGCAUGCUGCCACUGUUUCUGUAUGAGGAGGAGGGAGUGAUCCGUGUGCUCCAAGGGGAGCGACUGCUGAUAGAUUGCACGGCUAUAUCGCUGGACCCUAUACUCUACAGGAUCACUGAUAAUGGCGGAGAAGUCCACGAUAAACAAUUCGUAGACAUCAAUUCAGUGACGUUCAGUGAAUCCGGUAACUGGACGUGCUCCGCUAGCAACACGUAUGGUGUCAGCACCCUGGUGUUCGUAGUGGAAGUCAUUAACGACACAUCAGGUUCUGCAACACUGCCAGCAAUGGUAGGGUUAGGUGAUGAUGACACCUCGUCCGAUUGGAUCAUUGGACAAGGGCACAUAAACAGCCGGUUUCCCAAUGGCCAUCACAUUACACCUCAGCAAGAAUCUAGCCCAAAAGUGCAAUACACCACGCUCGGACUUGUUGCCUACAGCCUUAUUGGCCUCUCUGUCAUCUUGCUAAUCCUUGCCCUGGUAUUCAGAAGGAAUCGAUUAUUAGGAUGCUGUGAGGAGACGGUUGAUUGGCCGGAACCAUCUCUUGAUGACACCCAGCGCUAUAUACCUCGGAAACGUGAUGCUGAGACCGAUAUGGCCACGUCUGUGUGAGUGUUGAGCCCUCGACGCCAUAGCCCCGACGGGUCGCCAUUAUCGAAAGAGGAUGCAACUUCCACAAAAAGGGGACAAGGACAAAAUUCAACUCCUGAUCGAAUCUCAAUAUCUGGCUCCCAACACGGCACUGGAUAUCAAGGCAAGGGACAAAAAUGGGUGAGCGUGGCCAUCAAUUCCUUGCACAGCCGAGUGUCCGAGCAGGGUCCACCACCUCCAGCAAAAUGAAUACCAAUGCAUUGGAAAGGUGCACUAGUUCAGCAUCAACAACACCGGCUCAAGACCUUUCGCUUCAAGCUUUCUAAUACUGUAAUGGCGUACAUUACGUGCUGCCUCAUUCGCAAACCAGCAAUCUGGAGAGCGAGUGAUGGAAGGUCGAAGCCUAGAAAUGAACUCCGCGACAUUUAUUGCAGUAAUUCUGUAAGGUGAUAAUGUCCCUACUUUCAAUGGAAUAAAUCUCUAACACUGUAAAUAGUCAGUAGGUACUACGCACAUACUCUACACUGUCAACAGCUGGCACAAUGUUACGUUACUCUCAGCAACAGACACUCGACUAUUGCGUUCUCCAAGCUUUCCGUUUCAAGAGGCAUGUACAGGAUUGUCGAAUAUUCAAUCAUGUGUGUGUGUGUACAUAAUUAUUAUCAAUCUGUAUUACUCACUGCUGACCGGAAUCAUACUUCUUUCCCACACAACUAAGGGACAUCAUUAUUUAUUCUGUUCUUUAUAUUCUUGUUCACUUGCCAUCUCCACCACUUUGUUAGAAAGCAUUAAGUAGGGGCUGCACCGCAAUCAAUAUAGCUACAUGACUGUACUUCAAAGUACACCUCUUUAGAUAUUCCUGUUUUUCUCUGCAAAAUAAUUAUGGUAGUUCGACUUAGGCGGGUAUUCCUUUUUCUGAAUGGCUUUCGAGGAUGCUCCUCGGAAAUGAUGUGAAUUUGUUGUUUACUAUGUUUUCCUAGACGGCUUUGUUUUUUAUUGUCCGCAGUCCAUUUCUUCAUAACACAAAAUUUCAAGGCUUCUAUAAUAAUUUUUAAAGUUAAUUAAACCAGCAUCAGAGCAAUGUGCUUUCUACGAACAAGAGAUGUAUUCACCACCAGACACUUUAAAAUUUGAAAGUAAGUUACACAUGA